GACAAAAUUGCAGUUCGAUUUACCAUCAGGUGGGAAAUGAAUUUCUCUCGUAAGUGUCGACUUUACAUGGUCAAGAUUCAACCUGGAUAAUCUGAGAGGACUUGUAGUCGCUGGCCUGAUGACUUGUGGAGUGCAGGUUAAGAUCACGUAAUUGACUAUGACUUGGGGACCACCUCGUUUGGCUUUGCAAACUUCAAUUCUUUCACAGUACAAGAAAGUUGCCUGUCCCCGAAGGUUUUUCCCUGAUGGAGGGAGGGGUGUGCAAUUAAUCCAAGCAAGGAGAUGGUUGCAUGUUGGUUGAAGUCAUACGGGUCUAAUAGAUAUGUUUGUUUUGCAAGUGAAGUUUGGUUUGAAUCCAGCGGUCUUCUUUUCAGUUACAUUUGGUGAGUUGGUGAGAAAGUAGAUUUGCAGUGUAAGAGAGACUAACGCGGAGGCCAUUUAAAAGGCCGAAUAGGGAGUCUCAUCCGCUAGGAAUCCAGAGCCAGGACUUGUUCUUAGUCAUGGCCGAGGGACAGGGCGUCAAGAGCCUUUUGGCAGCUAGAGACUUGUUGAAGACUAGUCUCGACAAGUCAAGGGCUCUUGGCCUUGAGUUAGAUGAAACGAGUCUAAGAUUGGAUACAGUGGGCCGGAGAUUGCUGUCUCUGGAGUCUGCACUUAGACCCGUCUCUCGGAAAAAGUGCACGUUCCUUGCAAUCGGAGACCACAUUGACUGCGCCAUACGACCUGCAGACGCAGUCCUGAAAGUCUUUGAGUCUGUUCGUGAGCUCGAGAACUCGCUGUUGGCGAGCCCUUGCUCUAACCUAUCCUGUUAUCUUUCGACCGUAAGAAAGCUUGAGCAGGCACUGAGGUUUCUCUCUGACAACUGCUUGCUAGCAAUUCAGUGGUUGCAGGGCGUGAUCGAGCUUUUGGAGGACAAUGGGAUGACCAACGAACGCUAUGUUUUAAACUUGAAGAGUUCGUUGAGCAUCCUCCAAGAUUUGCAGUCUUCUGAAAUGGAGUCACGUCGUGACGGAGGAGCUCUAAGUAUUGCAUUCGACAAACUCGAAUGUGAGUUUAGGCAGCUUCUGACAGAAGAUAGUGUUCCUUCUGCAUUUGACCCACUGACAGAAUGUUCCGCCACAAAGGACGCCUGUGUCCCCUCAUCACCUUUUCCAGCAUCUGCAACACAGAAGUUGCAAGCCAUCCUCGAGAGAUUGAAUAUGAGCAACCAGCUCGAAAGCUGCAUAGAUGCUUAUGUCGAUGUCCGGACCCUGAAUGCCAGAGCAAGAUUACACGCUCUCCACUUGGAGUAUCUUGAGAGUCCAACCUCGCAAUUUGAUGAUGAGAAGAUAAUAGAGAGUGACCUGGAAAGGUGGAGCAAGCAUUUGCAAUAUGCUGUGAAGCAUGUCUUUGAGCAUGAGCGUAGGCUGUGCAUGCAGGUCUUCGAGAAAGUGGGUCAGGAAAUUUGGACAAGGUGCUUCGCAAUGAUCGCUUCCCGCUCUGGAAUUGCAGCAUUUCUCCAAUUCGGAAGUAAGUUCACAGAAAGCAAGAAGAGCCCUGACAAGCUGUUAAAUCUGUUGAAAGUUUUUGCAGUCCUGGACGAUCUAAGAUCAGAUUUUACUCAGCUCUUUGGUACAAAAUCGUGCGCUGAAAUCCAAACCCUGACAAGAGCUCUCAUCAGAAACGUUGUUCAUGGUGCUUGGGAGAUAUUCUGGGAGCUCUCCUUUCAAGUGGAACUGCAAAGGCAGAGCAGUCCGCCAUCAGAUGGCAGCGUUCCGCUCCUUGUGAGCUUCGUCACAGAGUACUGCAAUCAGCUGCUGGGCGACAAGUACAGGCCCACCAUGAUCCAGGUCCUGGUGAUCCACCAGAGCUGGAAGCACGAAAAGUAUCAAGAGGGGCAAUUCACCAAUCAGAUUUACAACAUCGUGAAGGAAAUUGGGCUGAACUUAGAUUCAUGGUCAAAGGCCUACCACAACCGCGAGCUCUCCUUCCUCUUCAUGAUGAACAACCACAACCACUUCUGCAAUCUCAAAGGCACGAAGCUCGGCGACAUGAUGGGCGAGUCUUGGCUAAGAGCGCACGAGCAGUACAAGGAUUACUAUUCCAUGCUCUACUUGAAGGAGAGCUGGGGAAAGCUUCUAGCUCCUAUUGCACAAGCCGCUACCAAUCUAGCAGCUGAAGAGGAACUGAUUGAUAGAGACCUUCUCAAGAAGAGGCUGAAAGCAUUCAACGAGGCCUUUGAUGACAUGUACGAUAAGCAAUACAACUGGAUCAUCUCUGACGAAGAUUUGAGGGAAAUGAUGAGCCUGCGAGUCAUGCAGGCUAUCGUGCCUAUUUACGGGAGUUACAUAAAAAAAUACAGAACUACUUUCACUCUAGAUGACAGUGCCAACCGCUAUAUUAAGCAUUCUGUGCAGAGCUUGGAGAAUAUGCUCCGUUCUCUCUUUCAGCCAAAGCACAGAAAGCUCGGGAAUAGUCAAAGUGUCACGACAAAUUACCCCAUUGACAACAUGAAAAAUGUAAUGACCAGUCAGCUCUACCUUACUCUAACUGCUGCUUAAUUUUAGCUUGGAUAUGCUCUUCCUAUGUACAGAUGGCGGAAGCAAAGCAUACAUCAAGUGAAUACUAAGCCUGUUCUGGCUUUGCGCAGAGUAUUUAUGGCUCUUUUAAAUGGUCAUGUAGUUAUAGUCAAUGUAGUACUUUCUCUCUUUCUUGUGAAAACAUGGAGGGUUUAACAGAUCUCUUUUAGCAUCUCCCAAGGAUGCCACACUUCAAACCAUCUAUUGUGGACCGUCAUGCUGAUCUUAUUGGCUUUUGCAACAACAUAAACUGCGAGCUUCUAUCUUAUGAGUUC